GCCCAUCGUCCAGAAAUGAUCUACGCAAUUCUAGUGCUCUGCCUUCUGGGCAGUUCUUGGGCCCAAAAAGCGGAGAAGGAUCCCCAGUCCCUGGCCAAGGAUCAGAACACCCGUUUGGCCGGCAUCUAUGUGAAGGAUGGCAACGAGAACGGCCAGCUGAGAUUCCUGGCCUCCGGAUUGAACAGUGGUAGCAGCAGCAGCAGCAGCUCCUCGGGCCUCAACUCGGCCCUGAAUCAGUACAUAACCAACAAGCAGGAUAUGCUGGAGCAACUGCGUCCCACUGCGUCGGGCUCAAGUACAACGGGAACUGGAACAGGAGUUACAGGUGGAACGAGUACGGUUACGGGCUCAGGUACAGGAACAAGUACAACGGGAACGAGUGGGGUGGUGACGACGACUGCCAAUGGUGCCAUCUAUGUGAAUCUGGGCAAUACGGGAUCCUCCAGCUCCUCAUCCUCAUCCUCGUCAUCAUCCGCCACCAACGCGGCCAUCAAUCAGGUGAUCUAUGGAUCAUCGCCGGUCGCCGGUCUUCUGCCGCAGAUCGUCGGUCAGGCGGUGUCCAGUCGAGUGCGUCCCGGCCAGAAUAACAGGAGGCGUGUCCCCGCCCGUAGGCGUCGAGUCAACAAGAGGCGUGGCGGCAUCAACAACAAUCAAAGACGUCGCCGGCGGGGCAACAAACGUGGCCGGAACAAGAACAAGGCCCAGGUGAUGGUUGUGCGUCCGAAUCGCGGCUAAGAAGCACCUAUCUAC